AUGACAGAAUAUACUGGUCCUCUUACUUCCCUUGGUCUUCGAUACAUCAACGCCCCAGGCAUCGGCGAAAAGCUCUCGCCUCUAUACAACAUCAGCUCUGUAAUUGUCAUUCCACCUACGGCAACCGUCUAUGAAACUUGUGGCCAUACCGGAUGCAAUAUCGACAUCGAAUACCCAGAGGGGCUAAGAGAAGAAAUCCUGCUGGCAUUUAAGAAUGUCGAGAAUGCUCUUCUUGCUGCGGGCGUCAAACAGGGUUGGCAGGCAGUCUAUAAAAUGACCACCUAUCAUGUUGGACCAAUUGAGGAGCAUAGUGCGGGUUUGGAUGAGGCCAUAGGCCAUUAUUUGGGUGCAAAUAGGCCCGCAUGGUGUGGGGUCUGUGUUGCGUCGCUGACAGGGCCGGCGAGGUUGGAGAUUACUGUCUCUGCGGCGGUUGUGCAUCCACAACCUAGCACGUAA